GUCUUUCCGUGUUCUCUGCAGCGCACUUCGCAAUCUUCCGAACGUUAUUCCUUCUUCAAUAUUGUCAGUUUCAACAUAAAGCUUUUCAGUAUGUCUAACUCGGCGGCUCCCCAUAGCAUUCUUUCUAUCGACCAGAUCACUAAAGUUUAUUAUGAUGAACUGACACAGUUGGCAAGAAAGAACCGUAGAAUGUCCAAUUCGCAUUUGAAGAAACGAACAACUCUGCUCUUUAAUAAGAACUUGUCAACUGUUAAUAUAUCUGGUAUGUUUAGUCAAAAAGUCUUUGUCGGGGGAGCACCGCCGGGUAUAAGUGAUACUGAAAUUUUGAACGCUUUCGGUAAAUACGGCAAUUUCACCAUAGAAAAAAAAAAGGCUAACGAGAAAAGCAGUUUUUUUUAUGUUAUUUAUGAGUCCAAUCAGUGUGUUAAGGGUUUGCUGACCACGUGUGUCAUUAAUAGCGUUGGUGAAUUUUAUACCCGGAUCGGCACCCAUAUUGUUCAAGUUAUUCCAUGGGAAAUAAAUAAUUCGCAUUACGUGCCCGCAACCAACAUGACACUAUUAGAUAAUAAGAAAGUGGUAUUUAUCGGAGGUUUACACGGGAAAAUGACAGCCAAGUUUAUAGCGGAAGUGUUUAGCUACUUUGGACCGAUAGUGAUGGUUACGAUAGACGUGGACAAGUACAAGUACCCGAUUGGAUCUGGUCGUGUAGCUUUUUCAGACAGUCAAGGUAAGCUGUUAAUUUUAUAUCUUCCAUAUCAAGAGCUGAGAAUAAAGUAGAUUAUUCCCAUACAUCAGCAAAAUUGAAAAGAAACAAGUAAUACAAACAUUUAUAUUAUCAUAAGAAAGCCAGAAAUCAUUAUUUAUAAACAAUAAAGUAAUCAAACAUAACAGUUACAAACGGUUAUCUUGGACGGGUAUGAUAUAGCAUAAGUUGCGGCAGUAAAUUAUGUUUCGUUUUUGUUUUUUAUUAUAUAUAUAUAUGAUAGAUUAUCAUAUAAAGUAAUAAUUAUCAUUUUUGAAGGCUAUUUUACUGCUAUAAUGCAAGAAUUUAUCGAUAUUGAGACUCCCGAUUUUCGUAAGACGGUCCAAGUAACACCUCAACUUGAAGAUUCUCUCUGCUACAUAUGUAAGAGCGAAGUUGGGCCAUUCUUCUGCAAAGAUUUUACUUGCUAUCAGUAUUAUUGUACUCUGUGUUGGAAACUAAAGCAUUCCGGACCCGGCUACGUACAUCAUCAGCCUCUGAUUCGUGAUAGCAAGCAUAAACCUAAGCUUGGACCAAUUCUCUCAAAAUUUUCUAAUUUAUCAUUAAAAUAAGUCAUUUGUAGUUUGUUACAGAUGUAGUUUAGUUUUGUUAAGACGUAGUUUUAGUUUAAUUUUUUUUGGAACGGUCUUUUUUUUGUUAGAAUUAGCUUCACGAGAAAAAGACCAUAUUUGUUCCAUAAGUAAUUAAUUUAAAAGCUAUUUUACAGAUAUUUUUAUAAAUUCUUAAAGAAGCUAACAUUUGUAUUCUAUAUCUGUAUGAUAUAUGUCAUGUAUAAUAUAUAAAUAUAUUAUAAAGAUAUGUAUAUAUUAAGAUAUUUUGCUAACUUUAUCUUGC